AUGGCCACUGGCUACUACUUCCACCCCUCGACCCGGCCUUGCUCCCUAUUGCUUCUUGUACCUGGCUCCAUCUCCACCCUCAACUCUUCUCAUACCCGCUUCACUAUUCACACCCUCCCAGUUGAGACUCCCCACUACCAUCUCCCCCCCGGCCGGACAGAGCAUCUUCCUUGGUUUGAAGCCGUCGACAUGGACUCCUCAUACGCACAACCCCCGCAGUCGAUGGGCCAGUCGCCCUUCUUCUACUACAACCCCGACCCAAAGCCUGACAAUCGCCAACACGGCCAUUUCUCGCAUCAACCAAGCAACACUCAGGUGCCAGUCUACCACCCACACAUGCAGCCCUUGCCUUCGACCCCGAUCUACCCAAGACUGAACUCGGGAUGCUCUCAGCCUGCCAUGCACCCGCAGAUGUACAGCAACGGGUACCCGGUCAACAUGAAGCCCAUGGCAUCUCCUCGCCCAAUGUAUCAUAACCAGAAGCCCAUGAUCAUGAUCCAGGAACACGACCCCCGCACGAUCCUCGAAUCCGACGUGCACGAGGAUAUGUACUACUACCCGUCAACACCUCCGAUGUCCGCCUCGGGCAGUUCGAUCGGCAGUCCGAGCAGCUGCGAACUCAUGCCUACGUCCAUGGACGCCGUCUUUUUCGGACUCGACGGCUUCGAAGGCGCUCAGCCGGGCUGCCACGGCGAGAUGCUGGCCGAGAACAUGAUCUCCGGCGAGUGGCCGCGACGCGGAUCCCCCCCCAUGACUCCAGUGUUCAUCCAGCCCAACUCGCUUACCAACGGUGGGAGCGCUAGCGAGCUUCUAGCUGCGACGGCGUGUCCCUCGCUUUCGCCGUCCCCAUCCCCGUAUCCCCGAUCAGUCAUCUCCGAGCAGGAAUUCGACUUCGACUUCUGCGACCCGCGUAACCUGACUGUGGGCGCUGGCAUAUCUCCAUCUGUGGCGGCAUCGACGUCUGCCUCCGCAAACACGCCGCAGGUCAAGACCGAAACUGCUACACACGCCGAGUUCCCGCCUCUGCCAACCCUGUGUGCCGGAGACGACGAAGAGCACAGCUUCAUGCUCGGAGCUGAGGCCGAUCUUCAUGCAAGGACAUUUGAUUUCUCGACCCCAAUCACCCACCACGGGCUGCCCACAUUCGAUCAGCUAUCCGAGCUCGACUCCGAGGAGGACUUCGUGAACGGUCUCGUGAACUUUCCGUCCACUAGCAACGCCCAAUUCUUUGGCACGAAAAGACAACGCACCAGCUCCGGAUCCGACCUUGUCACCCUUGACCACGAACAAUUCACUAGUGAGGACGACCUCGAGGAGUUUGAGGAGCUCGACAAUUCGGAACAAUUUGCGACUGCGUGUCUCCCAAGUCCUCCGGCUUCUGGCUCUGAAAACGACAGCAAGAAAGAGAAGAAGAAGAGCAAGAAAUCCUCCAAGAAGGCCCGCGGCGACGAAGACAGCUCCGCGUUUGACAACCUCGUCAGAUCUCGCAAGUACACCGUCUCAAUGGACUCUGCUAGCGCUGCCCCAGCCCAAGAGAGCGCCACCGAGCAGCCACAGUCCACUUCUCCGAGCCAAUCUGGCUCUGAUGGCACCACCGCGAACAAUGGAGGACAAGAUACCGGUGCCAGCUCUGAUGCAGGUAACGCUCCACAACAGCCCUCUACCAACCGCAGAGGCCGCAAACAAUCUCUCACCGAGGAUCCAUCCAAGACCUUUGUCUGCGAAAUCUGCAACCGCCGCUUCCGACGUCAGGAACACCUCAAGAGACAUUACCGCUCGCUCCACACUCACGACAAGCCUUUCGAGUGUCACGAGUGCGGGAAGAAGUUCUCGCGCAGUGACAACCUCUCGCAGCACGCUCGCACUCACGGCAGUGGUGCCAUCGUCAUGGGCGUCUUGGAAGAUGGCGAGUUGCUUGAUGAUCACACUGAAUCCGCGAGUGAAGGCGAACACAUUGGCUCAAUGGGCAACAUCCUCUACAGAGUCGCCGCCGCCGUUCCAUGCAGUGACAGCUCAUCUUCAGAUAGUAGCACCGACAAUGAGAGCCAAGGUCGCAAGAAGCGCAAGCGUUCCGAGUAA